GUUUCAUUCCCGCCAUCGACUUUUAAAAUUCUAAAUACGGAGUACUGUCUAACGCAUUCAAUGGAUAGAAAUGGUUGCAAACUUCUCAGUUGAAGAAAUGCAAGCCAGUGAAGAGAGAGCUCCACUAAGGGACGUAAAAGAAGAAAAUCCAGAUGCUGUUGAAAACUCGGAGCCAGGUUCUGAUGAUGAUAGCUCUACAGUAUCUGAAAAGACAGAGUCUGAUUCAGACACAUCUGAGGCAGAUUCAGAUCAAGGCACAGAAGGCCCUUGCUUGUUAAAUCCAGAACCAGGAGUGAAGAAGGUUGAGAGGAACUUUGAUGAAGGUGUACAAGAUUGUGACUGGUUAAAACAAGGAGACUGUAGCACUGAAGAUACAACAACCAUAAAUCCAGAGCCAGGCUUGUACAUCAAGCCAUCAUGUCCAAGUUGUGACAGUCAAACGAAUCAAGACUUCAAACAAGUAACACCGAGGCAGAUCUCAGAGGAGCGUUUCUGUUUGAAGUUGGAUCAUGAAGGAAGCUAUCAAUGUGUUGCUACUGGCCUGGUAUUUGAAGUGACAGAAAAAGUUGAUAUUGUUUACUCAAUUCUGUCCUGGUAUAAAUAUGACACAUUUCUGCAAGACAACUGGAAGCUUUGUGGCCCACUGUUUGAUGUGAAGAGUGAUCCAACCGUACUAAAAAGCAUUUACUUUCCUCAUUCCCUCUGCUUAGCAAAUCACUCACCUGAUUUACAAUUUAGAAUUUUACACGUAAAAGACAAGAAAGCUGAAAUAGAGCCUAUUACUGAUCAUUCAACAACACAUGUUCGGUGGAAUGUGAGUUCUUUUUCACCUGUUGGGCCAAUAUUUCAGACCACUUCCCAAGAUGUUCAACAUCACGGUGUUGUGCUGAUUUACAAAGUCAUUAACGACCAUCAAUCCUUAUUGUUUCAUGUGUAUAUGGCAGCAAACAAUGAUUCUGUAAUUAAGGACAUCAUAAAGGCAGAGAAACACACAAAACAAAAAUCUGUAAAAAUUGAUAAACCCACAGCUUGCUGUAAAAAGCUGACCAAUGGCAAAACAUAUCGACUCUUGAGUGAACCGUCUGCUGAAAUAAUUCCUGAGGAGAUUGAAUUCAUGGAUAUGACAUCUUUUAAAUGUAAAAGUUACUUUGAAGUAUAUUUAGAACAACGAGAAGAUUUUCAGCUGAAAUUAAUGGACAAAGAGUCAGAUGAAGUAAUAUGGACCUCGAAACUGAGGGAGUGUGAUUGGGCAAACCAUAAGCAGAAUGAACAAGGAAAACAAAGAGACAUUAACAAAAACAGGAGAAGAAAAUCAAGCACUGAAAUCUUUGUGGAAGAUACCUAUGUCAAAAAACCGCGAUGGGAUGAUACUGCAGAUGGACUAACAUGCAAUAGAAAUAAUAUGACUGAUAAGCAGUUAAUGCAGUUGGCAGAAAAACUGGGGAUUAACUGGGAAGUUAUUGCCAUAAGGUAUCUCGAUCUACAACACCAGGAUACUGUGAAAAUUAAAAAUGAAAAUGAAUUGCUUACAAUGCAGAUAUUUAGCAUGUUGCAAAUGUGGAAGAAUAAAGCACUGAACAACGCAACUCCAUCCAAUCUCUAUAAUAAGCUCUUAGAUGCUGAUAUUACAUGUGAUGCCCGGAAUGUUCUGGAAGGUUUUUGUAAUCAAGGAGAGAAUUAUGAAGGACCCAAUGAGAAGAGGCAAAUCCUUUAGGGUCCAUUAUAUAAUCUCUAACACAACUGUUCACAGAUUUUUAAAUACACAUAUGGGAUGUAGAUUUUGCUCAAAACCCCUGCCCAUCCCUAAUUGCCCAAAGUUGAUGUGAAUUGACUUCUUGAACCACUACAGUCCAUGUGUAGUCCCUGUUGAUUGGAGUACCAGGAAGUUGACCCAGCAAUGAUGAAGCAGCAAAUGUUUCCAAGUUACCUUAGUGAUUGACCUGGAGAAGAAUGUAAAAUGGUACUGGUCCCAAUAUCCUAGUACGUUCUCUGUCUUGUUGGUAGAAAUCAGAUUUUGGGAAGCCCUGUGGAAUAGUUGCUUUAGAGUAUUGGAUGGUACAAAUCCAGUUAUAGUGGACCAGUGUUAGCAGGAUUGAAUAUUUAAGAUGGUGGAUUUAACAUCAAGUGGAUUACUUUGGCUUGAAAGGCGAUGAAAUUCUUGAAUGUUGUUGUAGUUGCACUCAUCAGGCAAGUGGAGAUCAUCCGAUCACACUAAGAAGCAAAGGACUGCAGGUGCUGGAAUCUAGAUGAAAAAUACUGUGAUGCUGGAGGAACUCAGCAGGCCAGGCAGCAUCCGUGGAG